AGAACCCUGAUAAUAAUAAUCACACAACACACUCAUCACCAGGUUAAAGCACGAGCCUGCUCACGCGCAGGCUCUGGGUUCGGUUUUGAUCAGGUCGGUGCGGCAGACUGGGAGACUUUUAAGUCUUUUUACAAGUAGAACCGGGUUUAUUAGGUCCGUCGGACCCAGCAGCAGACAGCAUCAGAUUAUGUAAUGUGUCUUUGGACGGAUCGGCCCAUAGCGGCGGGGGCACGCGCUGUGGCGGGAAACCCGGUACCGGGACAGCCCAGAACACUAGACUGAAAGGACCAGGGAUGUGUGAAAUGUAAGACAUUAUUUUAACCGAUAAGAGGUCGGUGUGACUGGAUCCUCUCCACCGGUGUGUCGGUACCGGUUCGUCUCCACCGCUGCCCCCUGCAGGGUAAUGGUACGGUCCGCCACACGUCAUCUUUUGUUUACAAAUCAAACGGCUUGUUGGUGCUGAGCGGCGUGCUGAGAGCGAGCAGCGGCCCGGAGGCUUCAUUCAUCCCGGCCCAGACAACAGAACCGAGCCGAACCCAGAGAGUCCGGCAGGAUGCCGUGUCGGAAGGAGAACUACAUCUUCCUGGAGCAGUCCGUCACCGUGGGCUCCAAGGAGGUGGACGCGCUGGUCACGAAGAUCGGAGAGGCGCUGCAGCUCCACAGCAACAGCAGCGGCCAUCAGAAGACGGUGUCGGUGUCCGUGUCCUGCCUGCACGGGGGCGGCGGCGGCGUCAAACCGGUGGCCGGCGGCGGCACAGCCGCUCCGGCUCAGAGGAGCUGCUGCAUGCGGCUCCGUUCGAACCGAGGGCACCGGGGGAGCAGCAGAGCCAGCCCGUACCACAUCCCCGGCUCCAGCGGCGAGCAGGACUGGGACCAGAUCAGACCGUGGACCAGGAAGCGGAUCAGCGUGGAGGAGAACGACCCGCACCGGCUGCUUCAGGAGCUCGUUUUAUCCGGGAAUCUGAUCAAAGAGGCGGUGAGGAGGCUGCAGUUCUCCGGGGCGGACUGUGGAGACUUCCCCCGGACAGCGGACAACCUGCCCUGCUCAUAACGGAACCGGGACCCAGGAAAAAAAUCACAAUGGAGUCGAUCGGUAGGAUGAACGGGAUGUACGCAGACCAUCUGGACCGAAUCAGACCGGGUUCCGGUUCUGUUGGAACCCGUUACACCGUGUUUGUAACGCAAACAGUUAGCCGAGCUAGCUUGCUAGCCGGGCGGCUAAUCAGCGUGUUUAUGGGGGGGGGGGGGGGGGGGUUACAGUGUUUUUGUUUACAGUCUCGUGCUGACUCUAGUACUGCCCCCACUCCCGGACAGCAGCUGUUUGUUUUUGUUUGUUGGGGAGCUGCACGUGACGAGACUGUGGUGCUUUCACUUGUUUGGAAUUCCAGCAGGAUUUCAGAUGUUUUUGUUUGUUUUCUAUUAUUUGUUUGUGUAAAAAUCACGUGACUGCUUCGUACCGGAGCUCUGACCGUUCCUGACUGAUCAGGACCUUCUGUUGUCUUAAUAAACACACCUCUGUUUUCA